AAGUUUAAAUGCUUAGAUAUGGAAAGACUGAAUUAUAAGAUGUCCUGGUUUAGCUCUUUAUGUUUUUGUUAAUGUCAAGUAAUUCUCAUCACUGGAACUUAAUGGCUGUUGCUUCUUCUUCUGCUUCUCCUCAAGAAAAGUAUGAUGUUUUUCUUAGUUUCAGAGGUGCGGAUACCCGCAAUACUUUUACUUCCCAUCUGUAUGCUGCGUUGUGUCAAAAAAAGAUCAAUGCAUUCAUUGAUGACGAAGAGCUUAAAAGAGGGGAGCAAAUCUCUCCAUCUCUUUUGAAUGCAAUUGAGCAAUCAAAGAUUUCGUUGAUCAUUUUCUCGGAAGGGUAUGCUUCUUCGAGAUGGUGCCUUGAAGAACUUGAGAAGAUUCUUGAAUGCAAGAACAGUUAUGGUCAGAUUGUAAUUCCGGUUUUCUAUGGUGUAUAUCCAUCAGAUGUAAGGAAUCAGACUGGGACUUUUGGGAAGGUAUUUGAUGAGCUUGAAAAGGAUAGGCAGGAAAUGUUACAGAGAUGGAGGACUGCUCUGAGAGAAGCUGCCAAUCUUUCUGGAUUUGAUUCAGAUGUCAUCAAGUAACUAUUAAUAGCUAUUAUUAUGUCUUUUAAAUGCAUAAUGCUUUUACUUUCUGCUCAUUUUUUGUUUUUUAAUUUGACUUAUUUUCUUAGAAG